AUCCAGCAGAAUAGCAUCAGUCGACCGACCCGAUCCAAAUUCCAACGACAAUAUGAAAGGAGURUUCAACAUAGUGUGCGUAUUCGGUCUAUGUGCCUACGCAUUAGCGUCAGAAAAUUCUGCUGAAAAAUCGGCUGACAAAGCUGCCACUACUGCAGUAACCACCGACGACAGUAAAAGCCAAGGCAAGAGAGGCAUUUUCGACACCGGCUAUGGAUAUGCGUCCGGCUCUUUCGGUCACGAGCUGACCGGUCACGACUUCCAUCACGAACCACAAGUGCUGUCCAAGACCGUCAUCAARGAGGUCGCCCAACCGUACCCGGUCGAGGUCGAGAAACACGUACCGUACCCGGUAAAGGUUGAAGUACCCGUCGACCGCCCAUACCCGGUGCACGUGCCCAAGCCUUAUCSCGUGCACGUCGAAAAGCCYGUUCCUUACGAAGUCAAAGUGAAGGUACCCCAACCGUACACAGUCUACAAACACGUGCCUUAUGAAGUCAAGGUACCCGUCGACAAACCAUACACCGUCCACGUGCCUAAACCGUACACCGUUUACGUGGAGAAACGUGUCCCAUAUGAAGUCACCAAGCACGUACCUUAUCCCGUCAAGGUACCCGUCGACAAACCGUACACCGUGCCCGUGCCCGUCGAGAAGCACGUUCCUUAUACCGUGGAAAAGCACGUUCCCUACCCGGUCAAAGUUCCAGUGGACCGUCCUUACCCGGUGACAGUGGAGAAGCACGUGCCGUACCCCGUCGACAAACCAGUGCCGUACACUGUCGAGAARGCAGUGCCGUACCCAGUCAAGUUUCCAGUCAAAGUCGAAGUCCCUGUGCCAUACGAAGUGCCACACCACCACCAUUACGAUGAACACUCAUACAGUGAACACUCGUACGGCGAGCACGGAAGCCACAGUUAUUAACAAUAAGGUCUCAAGUAAUAACGAUGAUGAUUGGAGUUGAUAUCUUUUAAAAUKUAAUUAAUACUAUAAACCAAAUGAAUUGAUUUAACCAAUGUACCUGUUCAUGUCUACGCGUGUAUGUACGUCGUGUAUAUUAAUUUAUUAUGAUGUAUAUAUUUCGUAGAAUAAAAACUAUUUUUCUUUACYUUA